AUGUGUAAAAAAUGUGUAUGAUUGAUUCUGGCAGCACUGGUCAUGUUUACGUAACUUCAUUUGACAGACACGAGCUGAGCGGAAUUAAAACAAUUGGAUAAAAAUGAACCACGUACAGAAAGUGAGAGUUUUGUACAAAACUAUUCUUCGUAUGCACCGUGGACUGCCGGUGGCGUUGCAGGAGCUCGGUAAUAACUACGUGAAAGAAGAGUUUAAACGCCACAAAAAUUGUUCUCCUAUGGAAAGCCAGAAAUUUAUGAGCGAAUGGGCAGGAUAUGCGAUAAAUCUUGCUGAGCAACUGGGUUUGCGAGGGAAACCCGGACCGAUUGGAAUGAUAGGAGAAGAUUUGACUGAAAAUCAAUUAAACCAUUUUCGAGAUGAACAGAUAGCUCAGCUGUAUGAGCUACUGCAGGAAGCCAAACGAUAAUAGAUGAUAAAGGACCUGUCUGGAUCAUUAUCAAUCACCAUAAAAGAAUUGGGUAUUUCUGGGAAGAAUGCAUCACAAUCGAAUUGCUUUUUGAUUUCCGUCAAAUAGAUUCGAUGGCAACGAUCGGAUUCCAUGGCUUCCUUAUAUACGCUGUUACCUCCGACAACCCAAAUGUUCUCUAUGUGUUCCCCAUGGUCAGUUGAAUCCAGCUUGUGCAAUGCUUCCUGCAGGCUGCCACAAACCAACACAUCCGGCGGAAAAGUAUAGGCAGCCGCAUUUCGCGUCAACACAAUAUUUAGACGUUCCGGCAAUGGACGUUUGCUUUCUGGGACCCCGAAGUACGUUUUUCUUCCCAUGAUAACCGCAUUUCUUUUGUCAGCAUCAUUAACUUUCUUCGUAGUAUGUGAAAAAUAUUUUAGUUCCUGCCUGUAAAGAUAACCAAUACACAAAGUUCAGAGGCGUUGGGGAUGGAACAGA